AUGGAUCGACGAGUAAUCGAGCAAAUUUUAGAUUAUACAGAGGCCAAGGACAAAGAGGGAGAAAAAGUCCAAAGCGAAGCUGCGAGCGAAGAUUCUAGCAAUACCCUCUCCAAGCCAAAUGAGGCCGUCGAUGUUCGUGCAGCCGCAGAAAAGGUACAGGAGGAGAACAUUGUCGUCAAAGGACAGGAGGAUGCCACUGCUGCUGACAACAAUCAAAGUCCAGAAGUACCUGUGACUCUACAAUCUGCCGAAGAUGCACUUCUUCAAGAAGUCAAACUCCGAAAUGCUGCAUCUUUGUUUGUACCCCCUCUGAAACCUGCUGCACUGAAGAAACCCCAGCACAAGCAGCAGGAAGAAAAGUCCCAUCCCCAACCAGCUCUUACAACACAGGAACACAAUGCAUUAGCGGCGUCAGUGCAGCUAGAACAGCGCAAGCUCGGCACUGUGAUCACCCUCCCUCUUUCUAACCCUGCUGCACUGAAACUCCAGCAGAAGCAGCUGGAAGAAUAUUCUCAUCCCCAGCAAACUCUUACAACACAAGAACACAAUGCAUUAGCGGCGUCAGCACAGCGACAGCAAUUCACAAUAGUUUCCGUAAGUUACAAAGAGUGUCGUUCAAUCUUGGCCCGGUUGCUCCAAGGGGAGUUGAGUAGGAGAUUGAUUGCUGUCUUCUUGUGCUUUUACUGCUCGCUCUCGCCGACUGUGGCAAUCAUGCAGCAUCCCGCGAUAAAGGAUACAGCACUGAAGUGCGAGGGCAAAGCAAAGAUGCGCAGCACAAUUUUCGAGAGAUGUGAACACGUGAACACAUUUGAUUGA